GCGUGUGCACUUGUUUUGAUUAGGAUUUUGUUUCGAUUAGAUAGAUAUUUAUGGCUACCUCAGUGACAAUUUUUACAUAAUGCCAAACAAAGGAUUACCAUGAACUGACCGACCGUGGGUAUAGUACGAGCGUGUGGUAUCCAAUGAUUGGACUAGUGAAGUGGUUCCGAACAGUUACCAAAACAGCGUUCAGCAAAAAGUACCUGCUGCUAACGAAUGUAGCCAUCUCGGUCAGCCUAUCUGGCGUGGGUGAUAUAAUCGAGCAGCAUUAUGAAAUCUACAACGGUCAACUAGCAGCGUGGGACCGCCAGCGGACCCGCUUCAUGUCAAUCUCCGGCAUGACGGUCGGUAUAUUCUGCCACAGCUGGUACAACUUUAUGGACCAUCGGUUUCCCGGCCGCACGAUAGGACUGGUGCUGAAGAAGGUACUGAUCGAUCAAACCGUCGCCUCGCCAAUCGUGAUAUUCCUUUUCUUCGCCACGCUGGCAGUGCUGAAACGUUCCUCAUGGGAGGAAACACGUCACGAGGUGCGGGAAAAGUUUAUCCGACUGUACACGGCCGAAUGGAUCGUUUGGCCACCGGCGCAAAUCGUCAACUUUUACUUUCUACCGACGAAGUAUCGCGUGUUGUACGAUAACACGAUUUCGCUCGGGUACGAUGUUUACACCAGCUAUGUAAUUAAUGAGGAUUGCGGUAGCGAUCAAACCGACGCACAGACAGUAAGCCAUACAAGAGACUAAACCUGUACACCGGGACACACAGCAAUAAAUGUUAAAUAUAAUAUGAUUA